AUGAGGUCGUCUCAUGACCAGCUACCCACUCGAAGAACACCCUAUCAGACCCGAGACAGCAGCAAUACUAGGCUAUCAAAAAAGAAAGAUCAUGACGACGUCAAAGACGAUGAUGAAUUUCACAACAAGAGAAUGUCAGAUUAUGAUCACGCUGAUAAAAAAUCUCGGACGGAUGACUCGACACAUGAUCUCAAUACGUCUAGCGAUCUCUGCUCAUAUCGGAGAAAGGAUUUCCUUAUGAUGCUCAUCAUCGGCUUAUUGGCUGCCUUGCUACGGUUUAAAAACAUUGCCGACCCCCCUGGAAUCGCGUUUGAUGAAGUUCAUUUCGGCAAAUUUCUCUCUUAUUAUCUCAAGCGGGAAUUUUUCUUUGAUGUCCAUCCACCUCUGGCCAAACUUAUGUUGGCAGCACACGCUUGGUUAAUUGGCUACAAGGGAGAGUUCGCCUUCGAAAAUAUUGGUGAUAACUACAUUGACAGCAAUGUGCCCUACGUUGGACUAAGAUCAUUUUCGGCUAUUCUCGGUUCACUAACACCUAUGCUAGUUUAUGCCAUCAUGAAAGAAAGUGGAUAUCCAGCCUUCGCUAGCACGAUUUCGGCUUGUUUGGUUGUCUUUGACAACGGUCAUAUUUUACACACUCGAUUAAUUUUGUUGGACGCCCCGUUGAUCCUCUUCGCCACGUGUUCUAUAUUUGCGUACAUCAAAUUCUACAAAUUACGCUACAACGAAUUUACCAGACCUUGGUGGACCUGGCUCACUUUGACUGGAUUGGCUCUGAGCUUGACCAUAAGUUGCAAAUUUGUUGGAUUGUUUACAUUCUUUACGAUUGGUUCCGCAGUAGCUCUAGACCUGUGGGAUAUGUUGGAUAUUCGGAAGGGACAUUCAUUGGAUCACAUUGGGAAUCAUGUGGUGGCACGAAUCAUAUGCUUGAUCAUUAUUCCGUUCUGCGUUUAUCUAUUUUGGCUCGCGGUCCACUUUUCAGUUUUGACCCGUUCCGGGACUGGAGACGACUUCAUGAGUGCAGCUUUCCAGCAAACCCUGAUUGAUAGUCCUUUGACCUUAUCUGCAGAAGAAAUUCGGUACAAUGACACAUUGCUUCUACAACAUCGGGCGACCAAGUGCUUCUUGCAUUCUCACCUACAUCGAUAUCCAAUUAAAUACGAAGAUGGCCGAGUUAGCUCACAAGGUCAACAAGUAACCUGUUACCCUCAUAAUGACACCAACAACCACUGGCUCGUCGAACCUACAAAGCCGGUCCCCAGCUCCGGCCGAGGCCAAAUCGUGAGGCACAAGGAUGUGAUCAGACUCAAACACAGAUCUACCGACAGUUACCUAUACACACAUGACGUGGCCUCUCCCUCAAUGCCAACCCACCAAGAGUUUACAACCUGGCCAGAUGUCGAUCAAACAGACGAGGCUUAUAAUGGGACGUUGUGGGAGGUGGUGAUCGACGACGCUCAUGAAGGACAGCAGUGGAAGACUAAAGCUAGCCACUUUCAACUCGUCCAUCAUCUCACUAGAGCCGCGAUGUGGACUCGAAACUUUCCCGCUUUGCCAGGUUGGGGAUUCGGUCAGCAAGAAGUGAAUGGACAUAAGAUGUACCAUGAUAAGACUCUUUUCUGGGUUGCUUCUGAUAUCGUUCGAGACAAUACUACAAACCAUGCCUCGAGACCUCCACCUCCGAGAGCCAAAUCAAUCAGCCGCCGAUCGUUUUUCAAAAAAUACUUCGAACUUCAGGUGGCUAUGUUACAACACAAUUCGGACCUAACCGAAUCACAUCCAUAUGCUUCACCUCCCAUCAACUGGCCCUUCUUGUUGAAUGGUGUCAGCUUUUGGACUAGCACUCCUGAUCUAAGACGUCAAGUCUACAUGAUUGGUAAUCCAGCUGGGUGGUGGUUUUGUGUCAUGGCUCUCUCAAUCGUCGCUGGGGUCUUCGGGGCUGAUCAGUUUGCAAGACGCAGAGGUUAUUCACCUAUUGAAACUCCUGUCAGGAACCGUCUAUAUCGAUCGGGCGGAUUUUUUAUUAUAGCUUGGGCCAAUCAUUACUUUCCAUUCUUCUUAAUGAAUCGACAGACCUUUUUGCAUCAUUACUUACCGGCCCAUCUAUUCUCAGCGUUGGUGGCUGGUGUGGUUACUAACUUUGUGGUGACAGAGGCGAUCAACCACCCCGUCUCAGUCCUUGGCCCAACAACCCGACGAAGGCCAAAGAUGGUUGUCACCGAAUCACCCAAGGAAACCAUCCUCCUGGUCGGCAUCUCGAUCACGCUUUUGUAUAUCAGCUUUAGCUUCAUUGCCCCUUUGACGUAUGGUACCCCUGGCUUGCAGCCUGAUCAAGUCAACCGUAGGCGUCUUUUGUCCAGUUGGACUUUGCACUUUGCGAAGUAA